AUGGCAGCGCAGCCAUGCAAAUACCGUCUGGGGCGGGAAAUAGGUAGGGGCAGCUAUGGGGUAGUGUAUGAGGCUGAGGUAUCAGAAAGUGGUCAAAGGGUAGCAGUAAAAAGGAUCCAGUGCAGCGAGCCGGAGACUGUGGAGUUAGCCCUACAGGAGUUCUGGGCCUUGCGUAGCGUUCAGAGCCAGCACCGUAAUGUGAUCCGGUUGGAAGAGUGUUUGUUGCAGUGCGGAGCUGGGGUGGGCGAUAUCCAGGCGAUCAACCACCGCCAACAUCGCAAAUCAGACAAUCACUUACUGCUAGUGGAGACCUGCCUCAAGGGGCGAAGAGCGAAACCUCCCGCGGGGGAGAACUCUUCCUGCUCUCUCUGGUUUAUCAUGGAGUAUUGCGAUGGAGGCAACCUCAACGACUUCCUGCUGUCCAGGCCUCCUGAUCCGAGGCUACACCGAAGCUGCAUGCAACAACUUGCGGCGGCUGUGGCUUUCUUGCACCGCAACCAAAUAGUGCACAGGGACCUAAAGCCUGACAACGUGUUGGUGGCGCACGGAGCUGCGGGGCCUGAGCUCAAGGUAGCAGAUUUUGGGCUCAGUAAAGUCUGCCAAGGUAAUGUAAAUGUUAACCAGCAUCGUUUCUCAUCUGCCUGUGGCUCAGAUUUUUAUAUGGCACCAGAGGUUUUCGAAGGACGCUAUACUGCAAAAGCAGAUAUUUUCUCCCUUGGGAUUCUCUUUUGGGCUAUGAUUGAAAUGAUAACCUUCAGAGAUGCAGAAACUGAUAAAGAACUUCUUGGAGUAUAUAUAAGUCAAGGAAAGAAUCUAAUCUCUGUGGGAGAAGCACUGCUGGAAAACCCCAAUUUAGAACUACAAGUGCCAUUAAGGAACAAAAAGUCUAUGACAAGUGAGAUUUCCAGUCUUAUUUUAGAUAUGCUAGCCUUAAAUUCAAAAGAGAGACUUGACGCAUUCCAAUUAGAGAUUCGACUUGAACAACUAUCUUAUGGAGAAAAGCGCCAGAGGUCAGGAGCCUAG